AUGGCUCAGACAAAGGACGGCGAUCCUAAAUCCUCGGACGACAAAGUAUACAGCGUAAGAGCUAUUCUUGGCGACAAGAACAUCAAACGCUUGUCGGAGCGGCUACGGGCACAGAAUCCGAAACCAUGUCUUCGCAAGAUGUCCUCGGUCAUGAAUCGAAUGCCAUGGAGGUCUCCUCCAAUGUGUGGCUCAGACAGCCUUGCCGAGUGGCUGCGCUCAAAUAGGCCCGACGCUGAUAGCAUGGCAGACAACGAUAUUGUUUCGAAUUUUGCGGACUAUCUGGAUUGGUGGGAGAAUGAAGGAAUAUACCAGGACACCACAAACAAAGAGCUUAAGCUGCUGAUUCGUCGUAUGGGUCUGGAGGAAGAGGAGCCAAAUCCACCCCCAUACGCAUUCCGCGCCAUUCAGGCAAUAAUCCGUUUGACUUCCACGGAUAGCCAUCCAUGGAUGUUCUUUUACGGGCUACUGGAUUGUCUUAUUUGGUUCUUAGAACUUGAUUGCUCCAAGGCCAAGCAGUUUCCUCCACGUCCGAAGUUGUAUGCGAUUAUUCUGUCUAGCUUGACGAAACAGUCGCCAUCUUUUCGGGUGAACGAGAACUGGCUUCUUGCAACGAAAGCGUCCAUCAUUCACUUACAAAAUGGUGUUCCUGCAAACAAGGACUUCGGUAGUGAGGCUCAGCACUCCUUCGCUCGAAUAUCCGGUCCUUCCCAAAACGACAACAUACGUGACAAGGAAAAUGUCAUUACCGAUUAUGGGCAGGAUGAUGUUGGAGACGACGCGUCGGCGCAGAGACCAGAAGAAGUGGCUGUUCUGGCAGGAGUUCGCGACAGCAAGAUCAUGAAUACUCUCAUUCGCAAGAUGGACAAGUUGACCUUGACGAAAGCUAUGGAUCGUCUAUUACCGUCUAUCGCUCAGGCAGAUGGAAACGCAAAAUACCUGGCAAUUACUAUGAACAUCGAGAUCGCAGCCAUGACGGUUGGAUAUAUUCUCGUCAAUGCGAAGAAGGGCGGUCCCUCCAUAGUUCUCGGCGACAUAUCCAAGAAAAUGGACCAGCACAAGUCUAAUGAACCGGCCUGGUACACGAAUAAAUACGUCUAUCAGCCUCUUGCCAUGAUGCUGUUCGCAAGCCCGCUCAAUUUGCUGUACCCUGGCCGAAUGUAUUCCAAUCCAGUCCAGUUUUCCGAUCUGUUCGCGGCGUGGGUAGCGGCUGGUAACAUGGCUCGUCCGGUUCCGCUAUGUCAACUGGAACGUGAUAUUUGGUCUAUGGUGCUCCAGGUUGCAUCUGGGGCGUCCGUACACGCCAUUUUGCCCGUUUAUAUCAAGCGCUGGGCCGGUUCCAUCGAUUCUGACGACUUGGCCGGUUAUGCAACUUGGUUGAAGGACUUGGGCUUGGGCCCACCGGGUAUGGAUAAAGAACGGUUCGAAGAAUUUGAUGAGGAGGACGCAGGUGGUUCGGAUCGUCGUUCUCGUUCACCUGUGACUGGGCAAAAGCGUCCACGUCCAUCACAUUCACCAGACUCCUCUUCUAAGAGAAUGGAGGUUGACGACGAUUGUUUUGGCGGCAUCAACGGCGGUUCAUUAAGUCCCUUGCCUUCGGACAUGGAAGACGAAGUCCCGCGUACUGGGAGCGGCUCCGUUGCCGAUGAGGAUGAUGUUGCCGCUUCACAAUCUAAGCGUCCGUCGAGGUCAGGCCCCCGUGGUCGUCGUCGGCAACCGCGACACAAGACCAAAGUUCCUGGAAGUCGCAAUCAACCAGAAACUGGCCCGAUAACUCCUAGGCCUGUACCCAAGCUAACUUCGAGGUUUAUGCCUCCGACCUCUUCUGGUGGGCGAUCAGAUGUCGAAGAGGACAUGCUCGCGGACGAUAAUCUUGAUGAUCGUGAAGACGAAGUUCGGGAUAUUCGUUCGGGUCAAGGUAUCUUGAAGGAAGCCACUCCGGAGAUAGACGUGCCGUUUCAACGACGUGACGUCGUCAUGCCUGCUCUGGUGAAACCAUCGGAUGGACUUGAACGCGUUCAUUGCACUCCACACCGAGAGACAACAUUCACAUUAUUCCGAGCCUUGGCCGGUUUGAUCAAGCCUGAUGUUUGUCCUGGGUCGAUGGAUAGUGGUAUUGCUGUCAUGUCGGACGUUGAGACUUUGACUUGCAAUGCUGCGUCCGUAAACGAGGUGCUAAGGUCGAAACACAUUCUCGUGAAGUCUACCGCUGGAGGUGACCCUGACUGGGAAUGGGGCGCAUCUGCGUUCUCGGCUCUUCGUCCAAUUGUCGGCACGCCAAUUCAUGUUCAAGAUUCCAGUGCUGCGUCGUUCAAGCAUUCGAACGACACGACCACGAAGACCAUGACCAUGGGCGAACUCAUUCGAGCUGGCUAUCCGGGAACCGGCGACGUUGAUCAUCUCAAACCCGACUUCGCGUACAGUUGGUCUGAAUGUAACCUUGGUGGAGAAAGGCUGGUCCCACUGCCAUUCGUAUCGCCUCAUGGCGGAUGUGACAUCGCGCCUUCGUUGUUACGAGUUGCGGUGCAAAAUAAUGCGUUUGACGAUUCCAGUUCCCAGGUCUCGUUGAACUGGGUGACGGCUGCAACGACCGGCGCGGAAACCGUACAACACAUUGACGAUGGAGGUUUCGGUACAGUGAUACAUGUACUGAGCGGCCGCAAGCUGUGGAUAGUCGGGACACCGUUAGAAAGGAACGAUUUCACUAACUCGUCAAGCACGUUCAUAUCUCGGGACUUUGAAGGGCGUUGGGAUUGUGUACCGCCCGCUGGCAUGAAGUGGGAGGCCGUUGUCUUAGAACCAGGCGACACUUUUUAUCAACGUCCGGGUACACCUCAUGCUGCCAUCACUCUGGAGUCGUCUCUGGUAUUCGGCAUGUACGUGUACGCGCCUUUGAGCCUCGUGGCUUCAGCGACGUCGUUUGCCACGACGACGCUUGGCCAUAACAUCGCCACGAAUACUAGCGUGGAAGGCUCGUUAUCGAUGCUGCUAUCCAUUGCAUCGUGGUGGUGGAACGGGGACAUUGCUUUGGACGACGACGACGAUAUGUUUGAUCCAGCUGCCCGCGCAUGUAGACCGUCGUUGCUGGACGAUCCCGCGACGUAUGUUGCAGUCCUUGCCAUCUGCGUGUUUCAAACCGCGUUAUCUGCUGUGAACGACGGCACUGCCGACAGUCGACACGUCCGUCACAUACCAUCCAACCGCAAAUCCUGGGCUGAAGCCGAGAACCUACACCAGUACAUCAUACAGGCUGGCGUACUCAUGCGGACGCAAGUCGACACCGUCAUUGAUCUGUCACACGUUGAUCGUAUCCAUGAGUUGCGCGACAUCAUCCUCGACUAUGGUCGAGCCAUGCUGGCGAUGGCUAUCGACCUUCAUCGCAGUGACACACGACUCAACGUGAGGAAGUUCCGGCAGGAUCUUGAUUAUGACGUUCGGCUUGCGUACGGGCUUUCGGCCGAUGAGUGGGUGGACGACGAUAACCUGUCCCACAUGCCUUUUAUACCUUCUGUUACCUUCGUCUCUGAUACCCGGCCUGAUCUCAUUUUCCGGUUUGAGUCCUCGUCAUAA